CACAGCACCACUAGUCAACACUGACGUCAGCGCUAUAAGAGCGUGCGUGUGUGCAUACGAGCAAACUGUCAAAACAAAACUUAGUUGUAACGUGUAAUGUGUUCUAAGGUGUAAAUUUAUCGACUCUGUGACAUAAAAUGAGGAAAUCACGAGAAGAAACUUCCAAAAGUACUACAUCGACCGGACCUCGACCACAGGUGACAAGAGCACGAAAUGUCACGAAAGAAGAAACUUUGGAUAGAAAAAAAAGAACGGUCGAUACGAAACAAGGAGUGAACAAUGGAAAACCCAAAACUGUAAGAUCCACACCAGUGGCUGUGACCAUGCAAAAUGGAAAUGGAGAACAGGAUCGUCAUCAAGCUUCAUCAACUGUCAAGUCUAGAACAAAACUUGUAGAAAAUUCAAGUUCUAGUCCAACUAUCGCAUCAAAAUCAAAGACUAAAGGUAUGACAAAAAGUUCUGCCGAUAGUUCUAGAAUGAAAACUGAAAGAAGAGGAAACUCUGAGAAAAGAGGGACCAGUACAAUUUUCAUGCCUAAGACUGAGGCUUCUCAAAAAAGUUCAAAAUCUAUGGGAUCAAAAGAAGUUUCUAAAACUCGCACGAGCUCCAAUAGGAAUAAAGAUCCAUCCCAGACCAAAGUUGCCUUGGACAAAGAAAAGAGUUCUUCCGUCAAAUCUAAAAAUGAUCACUCAACAAGACAGAGACUUCCGUCAAGAGAACGCAGGCGGUCAAGAACUCUCAGUCCUAGCGAAGUUAAAAUACUGCAUUCGAGAUCACAAAUUGCAGAAAGUAACUCAAAGAACAUGGUUGAAUCUCUGUCAUAUGCUUCAAAAUUGAAAAGUACAAAAAUUGACAAUAAAAUUGAGGCAGAUGAAAAAUAUGUAUAUGAAGACGACUUUGAAGACUACGAAUCGGAUUUCGAAGAGUGUACGGACAGUGAAGUGUCCGAGAUAAGCGAAGAAACGCAUAAAAGCGAUGAAUUAUCAGUCGAAGAACCGAUUGAAUUGCGAACGGAAAAACAGGAGACAACGAUAAACAGUGCCGAAAGUUGUAAAAAAUCGGAAGAAGACAGGAUGUUGGAUUCCGGACAUUACGAACUGGCGGAAGCACGGCGUCGUGCGGCUCGAAUAGAAACUAUGUCGUUACCACGUGACUCAAAAGUGCCGGAAACGGAAAUAGUAAUACGACCGAGCAUCAGUCCAUAUAGGGACGACAGAUUGAACGAGAACAAAUCGUUACCAUCGUCGACGGACGAAGGCUUCGAGGAUGCCAGAUCCGGUGACUUCGCUAAAUCUCCUCCAUCAUCGCGAAUAACUUUCAUAGAUUUUCGCAAACCUUUGAAAGAAAAUGUUACAGCUAAAUUCCCGAAACCAAAAGUUCUUUCGCGCGGCGAAAAAUUACUAGAAAUGAUCAAACUUGAUACCGUCGAGUGGUCCAUCCUAGAAAGCAAACCCAUUGCUUACGAAGAAUUCAUACGAACUUAUGGCAGAUUGAAUACUCGACAAAUGUGUGUGCAAACGAACGAGGACAAUCUCGAAGUGGAAGUUCAAACCGAUGCAAUCGAACGUGCAAACAAAUGGACACAAUUUCCAGCAAAAUGUAGAACGAAUUUAAAAAGUGAAGAAGACAUAAAGCGCUUCAGAGUGGACUGCUUGGGAGUAGGUGGGGAAAACGAUUUGGACUCGACGCACCUGCCACGUCCGAGCCACGAUGUCGUGCAGAUGAACGAAUUCCUCAGCCAAGCCAGCAAAGUAAUGCUUUCCUUGUUGGAGGAAAGAGCCAGCAGCAAUAAUACCAGCGCUGAUAACGUUCACGAAUUAGCCUUCAGCGAAAGUAUAGUCAAGCUGCCAAUCGAUAGCGUGACUUUCCUUUCUGGUCGUCCAGUCACCGUUGUACAUUACUCGAAUAUAUCCAACCGAGUUUUACUAACGAUUCACGCACCGGCUGACGAGGAAAUCGAGACGUCGAGGGACGAAGACUUUGUAACGGACUGUUCGAUCGGUUGCGUUUGGAAUAUUCUACAGCCAUCGAGACCGACGAAAAUAUUUUAUUCCUCAAGUACCAUAACGACUUGUUGUUUCCAUUCGACGAGCUACAGCGUCGUGCUGGCCGGCCUCGAGGAUGGAUCGAUCAGCCUCUGGGAUCUUGCCGAGGACGAAACUUGCCAUCGGAAAAUAGUCGACGAGGCUAAUAAAUGCGAAUGGAUUUUAAGGAGCCCCACCUACUCCUCGACCGGAAUCUUCGAAACGUCUGGACACGAUUCGGAAAUUGUUGCGUUGCGAGUGCUCUCGAGAAUCGAGGGCGAAUACCAUGAUUCUAAUAGCAAUCGAUUCAUGCCAAUCCAAAUAAGCAGUCUCGACUCGAACGGAAGAUUGAUCAUUUGGAGCGUGUUGAGAAAUAUGAGUCGAGCCAGUAUCGACGAUUUGGGUUUGUCUUGGUGGGGCGAUUUGAAGCUCGUCAAGAGUCAAGAGAUAUUCUUAAACUCUAAAAAAUCUUCUGACAGGAACAAUUAUUUAAGAGGCUUCUCGGAUAUGCAUGUCGACCGCAUCGAUUCAAAUGCAUUUUUCAUUGCCACCAAUACCACUAGCAUUUUGCACGCAACUCGCAUUGGAAAGCAUGCGAAUCCACCCGCCUACAAAUCCAACGAAAUGGAUUGGUGUGGCGAAACAAAAUGUAUCGAAGACUGCCCUUACGAUCAACCCUAUUUCUUGGUUGGAUGUGGCGACGGUACGGUGAGAUUGCAUUCGACGAAAGCCGAGAAGCCACUGUUGCAGCUGAAGCACGAAGGUUCUAACACCUCGAUAAAAGCUCUCCAAUGGUCGAGAUCGAAACCUCUGACAAUAUUCGUUCUGGACACGAGCUCGACAAUUCACAUCUGGGAUUUAGGAAGCAGUGAUAUGUUUCCUGUCAAAAGUAUAUCGACGAAAGACUGGGCGCACAUCGACAGUAUUGAGCUGUCACCUUGUAGAACUACUCACGAAAUGACGCAUCAAUACAUAGUUCUCGCAUCAGACGACGGCUGUGUUGAGGUACACAGACUGAACAAAGAUUUUUCUUACUCUCACAGAGACGCUACGAAACGCGAAUUGAAUACAUUUACAAAAUACGUAGACAUAUUAUGAUUUUAAGUUUCUCAAAUAGCGAUACAACGUCGAAAUUCUUUAUGGAUUUGUAAGAAACGUUAAUCAGUUUUUAGUUUACAAAUAUCACGAUUGCAAGUAGCUCGGGUUAAUUCGUGUUACUCGAAGAACAGUUUUUUCUAUUCGAAAGAGUUAUUUCAUACAAAUACUGCAGUCUCGUCCCUCCGAUCGAUCGAUAUUUACAUGCAGUUACGAUGUUAUCUGUAGUUUGUGCGAGCGUACACUCAAGAUCGUGGCUCGAGUGAACGCCUAGUCCAGUAAUUUGUUCAACUUUGCGAAUAUGAGAAAUAAACAGAUCUUUUGCACACA